GCUCACGAAGAAACCCAGAAACCCAUUUCAAGAGUCGGUCUUUUAAGCUUCAUUUGUGAGCUUCAACAAUGGAGGAAGUAGUACAAGUUGGUGUUGAAGUGAGACAAGCGUUGAUGGCCCCACCAACAAGUGAUGGGAUUCCUACUAUGAAGCUAGCCCAUUUUCUUAAACCUACCAUAAAAUCUUCUAAAGGUCCAGUUUUUGAGCUACCUUCACACUUUCUUCACCAUUUACCAUCCACUUUUGAGCCAAAAAAGUGGCCUUUGAAAGUGGCAUAUCAUGGAUGGAGGCACCCACAAACUAAUUGGAGAAGAUGGGUGGAAAAGAUGGCUUCUUUACAUGAAAGUACAUGGGAGAAGGUUGGUAUACGAGAAGCCAUUUUGAACUCUGUCUAUCAAAUUAAGAAAAAUGAUGACUUGGUUCUUGGUCUUGCUGAGAGAUGGUGUCCGGAGACUAAAAGUUUCAUUUUGUCUUGGGGUGAAGUUACAAUUACUCUAGAAGAUAUGAUGAUAGCAGGGUACUCUGUAUUGGGGUCCCCUAUUUUUUGCCCUGUUGAAGCAGAUGAGUUGAAGGAGUUGGAAGAGAAAUUGAAUGAAGCACAAAGGGAACUCCGUAUGAGUAAAGCCAGGAAGGCAGACCAUCGACCAUGGAUGAGGAAAUUCAUGGAUAGUGGAAGCGAAAUUGAACACGAAGCUUUUCUUGCCCUGUGGUUGUCAAGGUUUGUUCUUAGCCUCAGUAAUGUAAUUGUCAAAUCUGUAUUUCCUAUUGCGAUACGUUUAGCUAGAGGGACUAGAAUUGCACUUGCACCUGCUGUUCUUGCCAGCAUUUACAAAGAUCUGACUUCAUUGAAAGAAAAGAUUGUUGCUUUAACUAAGUUUGAUAAUUGGGGAAAUGAAGAUAAUAAAUUAGCUGUUACUGUACGUUCACCAUUUCAGUUGGUCCAAAUUUGGGCUUGGGAAAGGUUUUUACACUUGAGGCCAGAGCCUAAUUUGAUCAAAACGGGUGAACCGAGACUUGCUCUUUGGCAUGAGAAACUCACUGUCGUUGAGAAUGUGAGGAAAGUUAUAGAUUCAUCGAAAGAUGAUUUCGAUUGGCGUCCCUAUGUAAAACCUGUUAAAAAUUGGAAUGUUCCCAAGUUUUAUGGAGAAAAAGAAAUGUGGGUUUCAGUUGGUCCUAAUUUGUCUGAAGAACUACAGUCAUUUGCUUAUUGCUUGAGGGUUUCUGAGCUAGUUGGCUUUGAAUGUAUAGAGCAAUACCUUCCACAUCGUGUUGCCAUGCAAUUCGGAAUGGACCAAGAUCUUCCACCUUGUGUUCCUCGAAUCAAUGAGACUCCUUCUAUUGCUUGGAAUUAUUAUAGUAAGCCAAUUUGUUACACUUUGUAUAUUCCAUGCCGGCUGAAUGAGGGAGAUGUAACAAGCCAAUACUCAGAGUGGUGGAAACAAUCGAUCUCAUGUCUGCAAGGUGCUAGUGAGUGUACCUUCACUGGUACCAAAAAAGUCCUGGAGAUGGCAAAAGGAAAGAAGGAAGCUGAUACUUCAUCAAGCUUUAAGACAAAGCCAAAGAUAUUAGGAGGAACAAAUGCAGAGAACCUUAUCAAAAGGUUCAAAAUAACACCAAGGAGGUUUGAUGGAAUGAAUAAAAUUGAUGCUGCCUCUACUUAUUCUAGUUCCAUGUUGAAGAGUUUGAGGGAAGGCAAUGAUUCCUUGGUUCCUCCGGGAUUUCCUCCCAAAUCUAAUGUGGUUGAAACAAAGGAUUCGGUAGAGGAAUGUGAUAUGACUGUUGCAGAGUUUUUGAAAUCUUGUAUAAAGCAUGAUGAUGGGAAGAAUAGGCAGACAGAAUUGGCAGAAAAAAUGAUGCAGAAUGAACCUAAGAUUGUGGAAGUUGUACCAGAGGCACCUAGUGAUCUUGCAACUGAUAGUAAAGCAAGUGAUCAAGAUCAUGAUGCAGUGAGGAUGCAAUAUGGUGAAAGAUAUGGCAGUAAAAGGGCAAUGGAGAUACUGGAAUUGCAAUUUGAAGAACGGGUUAGUAAGCUUGAGAGGAUCUUUGCGCAGAUAAAAGCUGAAAGACUUGCUCCUAAAUAA